AUGCCCAGCCCGCCACUCUCUCACCGCGCCAGGAAACAGCUCGACGCAUCCGCCGACUCGCCCCUUCUCAAAGCCCUCGGUCGCACCUUCGGGAACCCGCGUUCGGACGACAACCCUGACGGCGUCAUCAACGCCGGCCUCGCCGAGAAUAGCUUGCUGCACGACUGGCUCACCGAGUUCUGGGAGCGACCAGGCACCCUCAAGCUUGAGCACACGGACCUGACCUACGGCAAGAGCAUCUUUGGCUCGGACCGCAUCUUUGUCGCCCUCGGCCAGCUGUACAAGACGUACUUUCACCCGCACGAGCCCGUCGAGCCGCCGCACAUCGUCACCUCGAACGGCCUGUCGCCCCUCAUCUCGCGCCUGGCUGCCGUCACGUCCGACGUGGGCGACGAGUGGAUCGUUCCCGCACCCUGGUACAACGGCUUCAAGCAGGACCUGCAGGGCACGAGCCAAGUCGGGAUCGCCAGCGUUGCGGUCCCGGCCGGCGCGCACGGGACCGUCGGCGAGGUCGAGGCGCUCGAGCAGGAAAUGGAGCGCCGACAAGGCGACAGCUCGGCGCCAAAGGUGACGGCCGUCCUCGUGACGUCCCCGCACAACCCUCUAGGCUUCUGCUACGCGCGCGACGUCCUCAUCGAGUACUGCAAGUUUGCCGAGCGGUGGAACCUGUACCUCGUCGUCGACGAGAUCUAUGCCCUCUCGGUUUUCGACACUGACGACUGCCCCGAUGCGCUCCCUUUCACCUCGAUCCUCGCGAUCGACGUCGCCGCCGAGGCAGGGUGCGACCUGUCGAGGAUCAUUCAGCUCGGCGGCGCGUCCAAGGACUUUGGCUGCAACGGGCUGCGCGCCGGUACUGCCGUCGUUCAGCACAAUGCCGACAUCAUGUCGGCGCUCUCGGUUACCGCUCUCGAGAUCCGCAUGGGCUCACCGACGGACGCCCUCUGGUCGGCCCUCCUCACUUCACCUGAGCUUCCGACCUACCUUUCGCUCAACAAGGCGGCCCUCGGACGCGCCUAUUCGUACCUGACGGCGUGGCUUCGAGCGCACGGCCUUCCUUACACGCCGGCGCACGCCGGGCACUUUGUCCUCGUCGACUGGCGCGAGCACGUCAACCAGGUCGAGGUCGCCGACGAGGCGCGAGGCGGCAGGUUCGCCAAGGAGGUCGCGUUCCUCGACCGAAUCGUCGACGCCGGCGUCUACUUGGGUCCGGGCUUCUCGUACGCCUGCCCCGAGCCGGGAUUCUUCCGCAUGACUUUCAGCAUCCGACGGUACGAGCUCGAGAUUGCGCUCGAGCGACUCGAGAAGCUGGUCGGCCUCGAGGCGAAGGCCCGAGAGCUGAGCCGUGUGUACCCCUCGUAGAUUCUUCCGCUCGCCUUGUGUAGCGCUGUCGUACUGCAUCAAAGAUCUUUUGAGCACUC